AUGGAUCCCGAAGCUAGUCAAUACCCCACGAUGGGAGCUGUCAUGCAUCAUCUGGCCAAUGGAGUCUUGGGUUCCCACCUAGAGGCGCUCCGUAUCUAUGCUGCCCAUCUCGAGGCCCACACUGCGUAA